AUGACCUCCCAACCUCUUGCAGGCCCUUCUCGCCCUAGAAAGCAGCAAAAGAACAAGAAGGAUUCAAAAUAUGGUGCUCGACCUACAAAAGCGAAGAAAUUAUCUGAGACCCAGCGUAUCGAGACUCUUGAACGUCAAGCUAUGGAGUUUGAAGCUCCAGAAGGUCUAAAGGCUUUUGCUGAUCUACCAAUCUCUGAAAAUUCCAAACGAGGCUUAAAGAAAGCCUUCUUUGUUGACAUGACCGAUAUACAAGCGCAGAGUAUCCCCGUCUCGCUCAAGGGAAAGGAUGUCCUAGGAGCUGCGCGUACUGGAAGUGGAAAGACUCUUGCCUUCCUUAUUCCUGUUCUCGAAAUUUUGUACAGACAAAGGUGGGGACCUACGGACGGGCUAGGAGCUCUGAUUAUAUCCCCAACCCGGGAACUGGCUGUCCAGAUUUUCGAAGUCCUUCGUUCUAUCGGAGGAUAUCACUCCUUCUCCGCUGGAUUAGUGAUUGGUGGUAAAAGUUUAAAAGAUGAACGAGAACGGUUAUCGAGGAUGAAUAUCCUAGUCGCUACUCCGGGACGUCUGUUACAACAUAUGGACCAAACUGUUGGUUUUGAAUCUGAUAAUCUGAAGCUGCUAGUCCUCGAUGAAGCAGACCGAAUACUCGACAUGGGAUUCUCCCGAACCGUUUCCGCCCUUCUUUCUCAUCUCCCAAAAUCUCGACAAACUCUGCUGUUCUCAGCGACCCAAACUCGUUCUGUCAAAGAUCUUGCCCGCCUCAGUCUUCAAGACCCAAUUUCAAUUGGUGUCAAUGUAGGUGAUGGUCUUUCCUCAUCCAUACCCAAAAGCCUGGAACAGCACUAUCUCGUCUGCACCCUCGAUCAAAAGCUUUCCAUCCUAUGGAGCUUUAUAAAAUCACACCUUCAAUCCAAAAUCAUAGUCUUUGCAUCUAGCUGUAAGCAAGUUCGCUUCAUCUUCGAAACUUUUUGCAAAAUGCACCCCGGAAUGCCGCUCAUUCAUCUACAUGGAAAGCAGAAACAAACUACGAGGUUAACCAUGUACAAUAAAUUUACGCAGUCGAAACAUGCAGUGCUUUUCGCUACAGACAUUGCCGCAAGAGGGUUGGACUUUCCUUCCGUUGACUGGGUGUUGCAACUAGAUGCGCCGGAGGAUGCAGACACGUAUAUUCACCGUGUAGGUCGUACAGCCAGAUAUGAAAGCAGAGGCAAGGGUCUGCUGUUUUUGAUGCCAAGCGAGGAGGAAGGUAUGCUUGCCGCGUUGAAAGCGAAAGGGAUCGAGGUUCAGAAAAUAAAGGUGAAACCCAGCAAACAGCAAGAUAUUCAGAACCAGUUACAAAAGCUCGCGUUCCAAGAGCCUGAAAUCAAAUAUCUUGGUCAAAGGGCUUUCGUGUCGUAUCUCCGUUCAGUUCAUUUACACAAGGAUAAAUCAAUAUUCAAAGUUGCGGAACUUCCCGCGAACGAAUUUGCAGAGUCUCUUGGGCUUCCUGGCGCUCCGAAGAUCAAAUUCUUGAGCAAGGAAGUGGCAAAGCAAAAGAAAAACACAGAUCGACGGGUAAAUGCUGCGAAGCAACAGGCUUUGGAAGAGAAACAGAAUAGUGCAGAUGAAAAUGAGGAAGAAUCAGAUGAUGGUGAUAUCCAUCCGUCGAGUGAUGAGGAGGAUGGAAGUGGCAAUGAAAGCGAAGCAGCAGUGACAGAGGAACCUCCGUCUAAAUCAACCAAGCCUGGUGGCGUGAGAACGAAGUACGACCGGAUGUUCGAGCGCAAGAACCAGGACGUCCUUUCGCAGCACUAUUCUAAACUCAUUGAUCAAGAUGUUGCUUCCGACGAAGACGAUUUCAUUACGCUUAGACGUGCAGACCACGACCUCGUUGAUGUACCGCUCAGGGAAGUUGCAUUGGAAAAUUUGUCCAAGCGAAAAAAUAAACUUGGCAAAGCUAAACGUACGAUUCUACUGAAUGCGCCUAUAACGAAGAAAAUCGUGUUCGAUGAUAGUGGGGUUGGACGUGAGGCUGGAGAAGUUGCCGACGCAGAGGACUGGGUGAAGGAAACUGGAGGUGUUGAAGGUGUAGUAAAGGAGGGAAAUAAAUAUGCCGAGGCGGAACGGGGGAAGAUGAAGAUUGCGGAUGUGCAGGACAAACAUGACGCCAGAGAGAAAAAGAAGGAAAAGAAACGAAAAAGGAAAGAACGAGAAAAGAUAGCAAUGGAAGGUGGACGUGAAGUCGGUGCAUACGUUGAACCAUCUGAUGAUGGCUAUGUGUCUCCUGAGUUCGACCUCCCUUCCGAGUCAGAGUCAGAAGAAGAGUCGCGACCCUCAAAACGAAGCAAGGUCGCGCGGCCUCCGGCACUCGAAGAUGAGGAGGAGUUGGCUUUAGCGUUACUGCGCAGUUCAAGAUAG